AUGCCUACUCCUCCCGCCGGGACGGCUACAGUGACCAGUCACCCAGGCUCCAGCACCGCAGAGAUAGCAGCUGAGCCCAAUUGGGGCAGUGGCCACCAGCACCGCGUUGGUUAUAUUAAUACAACUGGCCGUCGCGCCGGCUUGACGCACGAGGGCGACCAUGAGCCCGCCGAUGAGGAUGAGCGAGCGUUCAUCCAAGAAGCGACCCGCAAGUAUCGCGAGCUCAGGGCUCGGGCGAAGAAGGGAGAUCUGGUCAACUUUGUGGAUGUUAUGAAGGCGCAAACGGACUACCACCGACAUCGGCCGGAAGUCUACCCGCCUGGCUGGCGCUUUGUGGUGAGGGCAACGGAAGACGAAAUCAAGUAUAAGCAGGACUGGCCAGCCAACAUCAAGCAGCGGGAAAAGGAAGAGCAACAGAAGAAGCAGAAAGAAGACAAUGACUCCGCAGCAAGAUUGGAAAACGGCCACCAAGACACAGCCAAUGAUCCCGAGCAUGACUGGCGUCGUGCCUCGGGCCACAACGAGGACAAGCAUCACGGUGCCUACGGAAAGCACACCACCGGCCAACAGCGCAAUCAAGCCACCGACGGCUUGCGGUCCGAAUGCCAAAGACUUCGCUCAAAGUACACCCCAGAAGAGAUCACCCUCCUCAGACACCUCCAGCAUGAAGCUCACCAGACCCGCGCCUUCACUCUCAAUCCCGGCACGCUUCCAUCGCCGGUUGCACACCUAAAGAUAGAUGCUUCCAUCUCCGGCUCCGACGCUCAAACGCCCGACAACUGGAUUCCGCGCUCUGACGAUCUCAUACGCCGCACAGGCCAGCAUCCGCUGAACGCGGAGCCCAAGCUGAGCGCCCUAUGGGACGCGGGGCUCAUCACACCCAACCGAUUGCACUACGUCCGCAAUCACGGAAGCGUGCCGCGUCUAUACUGGGGUGAGCACGUGGUAGAUGUGUGCUCAGGGCGCCUACGCGUCAGUAUGGACGAGUUGGCAGGUGGGCAACGUUGGGCAAACGUCAACAUUCCCGUAGCGCUAGCUUGUGACGGGAAUCGACGUGGGGAGCUGAACCUCGUGCGCAAGAGUAAAGGGUUUGACUGGGGUGCAGGCGCUGUGAGCUGUGCGUACUGGAAGGGCGUGAGGGUGGCAGAUGUGUUGCGGUCGGCCGGCGUCAGCAUCGACAGAGCCGAAAGCCACAGUAGGAGAUGGGUCAAUUUUGAGGGCGCAGAUGAGCCGAGCGAAGGUAAGUAUGCCACAUGCUUCCCCCUGGAGUAUGUGAUGGACGACAUGAACGAUGUCUUGCUAGCGUAUGAAAUGAACGACCAGCCUUUGCCGCCAGACCACGGAUUUCCGGUCCGGCUGCUGGUGCCGGGGUACGUGGGCGGUAGAAGCGUGAAGUGGUUGGCGAGGAUCUGGAUCAGCGAGAAGGAGAACGACAGCUACUACCACAUCUGGGACAACCGAGUUCUGCCGAGCUUCGUUACGGAAAAGGACGGCGACUUUGCGAAGACAAUGUUCCACCACCCCAGCACCGCGUGCAAUGAGCAGAAUCUGAACAGUGUUAUCGUGAGGCCGGCGCAAGGCGACAAGCUAGACGUGGUGGAGGUUUUGAAGAACGACACUUAUCGUGUGGCGGGAUAUGCUUAUGAGGGCGGCGGACACGAAGUGCAGAGGGUCGAGCUGAGCCUGGAUGGUGGAAAGACAUGGUUGUACUGCUUAAGACAUUUCCCAGACCAACCCAUUCGCCACGGAAACAAGUUUUGGACUUGGAUCCAUUGGCAUAUCGACAUCGACGCAACCCAUUUUGUACGGGCAGAGUCUCUCACGGUGAGGUGCUUCAAUGUGUUCAAGAACACGCAGCCAGAAAAAGGGGUGUGGAAUCUGAUGGGCAUGAUGAACAACGGCUGGUACACAGUCAAGUCGAGCACUGAUCAAGACGGCAAACUGGUCUUUCGCCACCCGUACGACCAAGAGGGCACUGAAGGAGGAGGCUGGAUGAAGCCUUCGGUCGAGAACCAACUAGCCGCAGCCAAGCAAGACAGCGGCGUUCCCGACAAGCAGUUCACGCGAGAGGAGAUUGAGAAGCACAACACGCGCGACGACUGCUGGCUCAUCAUCAACGGCAACGUCUAUGAUGCCACGAGCGUGCUCGAGUGGCACCCAGGGGGGACCGCCGCUCUGCUCGCCAACGCGGGUAAACUGAGCCUCGACGUGACGAGCUCGUUCGAGAAUGUCCACGACGACUACGCGCACAAGAAGCUUGCCGAGUGCGCCAUCGGCAGGGUAACGGACAAAGCGAAGACAUACAUGCAGGAGCAGGCGAAAGCCGAAGCAGAGAAAGCGGCCAAGGGCGCUGGGGACGAAGUGGUUCUCAACAGCAAGCGAUGGAAACCCGUGACGCUCGUGGACAAGACACAACUCUCCCAGGAUACGUUCUCGUACACGUUCCGAUACCGCGAGAAGAAUAACAACAACAGCAGCAGCGGCGGCGGCGGCGGCGGCGGCGGUGCAUCCACCAAGAAACUCGGGCUCGGGACGUGCCAGCACAUCCAGUUCGGCAUCCACAUGCUGGACAAAAUGCUCAUCCGCUCGUACACGCCCACACGCCCGAUCCGCGACGACGAAGACGACGGCACGUUCGAGCUGACGGUGAAAACCUACUUCCCAGACGCCAACCAACCGGGCGGCGCCUUCAGCAACCUCCUCCACGAGCUGACGCCGGGCGAGCAAGUCGACGUCUGCGGCCCCACGGGUGAGAUCACCUACCUUGGCAACGGCACCUUCUCCGUCGAGGGCCAACCGCGGCGCUUCCGGCACGUGAGCCUCGUGCUCGGCGGCAGCGGCGUCACGCCGGGCUUCGCGCUGCUCAAGCGCAUCGCGCAGGACGCGCAGGACGGGACGCGCGUCGCGGUCGUGGACGCCAACAAGACCGAAGACGACAUUCUGCUGCGGGCCGAACUGGCCGCGCUGGUCAAGGAGGGGGGAAAGGGGAAGGUGAGCGUGACGCACGUGCUGAGCCAUCCGAAGGCUCGGGAAGAGUGGGAGGCCCGGGGCGGGCUCAGCGGGCACGUCGACGCCGAGGUCAUCAAAAGUCGACUGUUCGCGCCGAGCGACGGGAGCGUCGUGUUCCUGUGUGGGCCGCCCGGCAUGAUCCAAAAGGCGGCAUUGCCGGCUUUGAAAGAUUGGGGUUAUGAGGAAGACAAGAAUUGCUUCGGAUUCUAA